GCAACAACUAAUAAAUGUUCCAUCUUUACACUCUCUUAAGUGUGUCAAUAUCAACAGCAGUGUAAGGCUACCGAGCACGCAACAGAAACUUUAUACUAGUUUUAUACUAGCAUUGUACUAGCUUUAACUUGGAAUCCAACAUUCGAUGUACUUCGAUGACCUUCGCAUUUUUAUAGGAUUUUCCGUCUUACUUUUCUUUAUAACGUUGGCCUUUUUGCAUGGGGGAACUAUACACCAUUUCCAGGACAAGAAAGUGCCCCUGCUCGCUACUGCAACCCGGAACAUCCAAGGACUGGAAUACAAGUUGAAAAACUUCUCUCUCCCCCUCAAAUAUCUGUCAUAUCUGCGUGUUUGACUGCGGGAGACAUAUGACAGCGCUAGCGGGUACCAUACCCACGAUGAUGCGCCCCACGCCACCUCAAAAUUAUCCGCGGGGCAGCUUCCCACUGGAAGUCUCUACCCCGCUAGGUCAAGGCAGAGUAAACCAGCUCGGUGGAGUUUUCAUAAACGGCCGACCUCUGCCCAAUCACAUCCGCCACAAGAUCGUGGAGAUGGCUCACCACGGCGUCCGGCCGUGCGUCAUCUCGCGGCAGCUUCGUGUUUCCCACGGCUGCGUGUCCAAAAUUCUGUGCAGGUACCAAGAGACCGGUUCCAUUCGGCCCGGUGCCAUAGGGGGAGGAAAACCCAAGCAACUGGCAACACCGGAUGUCGAUAAGAAAAUCGAGGAGUACAAGCGGGACAGUCCGGGAAUAUUUAGCUGGGAAAUUCGGGACAAACUUCUGAAAGACGGGGUCUGUGACCGGAGCACUGUUCCUUCAGUGAGUUCGAUCAGCCGAAUUAUGCGAUGUAAAUUUGGGGGUAGUGGAGAGGACGACGAAGAGAUGGAAGACAUCGAGAAGAGGGAGUUGGAACAGAAUGGAAGAAGGGCGAAACACAGUAUCGACGGCAUCCUAGGCGACAGAUCCUGCCACUCGGAUGAGGGCUCAGAGGUGGAGUCGGAGCCGGACCUGCCGCUGAAGAGGAAGCAGAGGCGGAGCCGCACCACCUUCACGGCCGAGCAGCUGGACGAGCUGGAGAAGGCCUUCGAGAGGACGCACUACCCCGACAUCUACACCCGCGAGGAGCUGGCCCAGCGCGCCAAGCUGACGGAGGCACGCGUGCAGGUGUGGUUCAGUAACAGGAGAGCUCGUUGGAGGAAGCAAGCGGGAGCCAGUCACCUGAUGGCGUUCAAUCACCUGAUCCCCGGAGGGUUCCCGCCAUCCGCCAUGUCCAGCCUGCAGCCCUACCAGCUGUCGGACAGCCCCUACCCUCCCACAUCCCUGGCACAAGCAGGGUCAGAGCAGCACAGCACACUGCACCGGCCGCAGCCGCUGCCACCCACGUCGAUGCACCAGAGCGGACUGACGGCCGCCGGGGCCGCUGGGCAGGACAGCGGCUCCGCCUACUGCCUGGCCUCCGGGCGCCACGGCUUCUCCGGCUACCCCGACAACUUUGUGUCUCCGUCCGGACACUCCAACGCCAUGACGCCGGCCAUCAGCAACGGCCUCUCUCCCCAGGUGAUAGGCCUGCUGAACCCGGGCGGGGUGCCCCACCAGCCGCAGAGCGACUACGCCCUGUCGCCCCUCCCCGGGGGCCUGGAGCCCAGCGGCGGCGUGACGUCCUCCUGCUCCCGCGCCCAGCGCCUGGAGGGCCUGCCCAGCCUGCCCAACAUGCCCGCCCUGCCCAGCUCCCAGUCCUACUGCCCGCCCACCUACAGCUCCUCUGGGUACGGAGUGGACCACGUGCCCUCCUACCAGUACAGCCAGUACGGGCAAAGCAAGGUGUCUUUCAUUAUUUGAAGCCCGAUAUUGCCUGACCGAGAAAUUCUCUCAAACCCUCAGCCAAGAAGACUCCCUCAAUGCUCGUUGGGCGUGGUCUGGGUUUGGGACGAGGGGGCGGAGGGGCGGAGUUCUCAGAUCCGGCGUGGGAUGGGUUCAUUGGGAUAAUCAGCGCUGAAAUGGUGGAACGAUCUAGUUACCAGUCAUCCAGUCUACUCACUUUACCUCACGAUUUGAAAACCACGGCAGUUUAUGCUCGUGAUCCAGGGGAAGGAAAGAGCAAGAAGAGGUGGAAGGACAAAAUGAAAAUGGUAAAAGUCAGGCGCUGCUUGGUGUGUAUAAGGAAUGAUGGUGAUGUCGCAGCAGGCAGAAGGCAUCGACGAAUCCCAGUGGCACUUGUUGGGACUUCUGCAAAUAGACACUCGCAAGAACAAGGGCACAGUAUUAGUGCUGGUUUUGGAUUUAAAAAUAUGGCUUUGGAACUGCCAAUUCGAACCAGCAAAGCAGGGACUUAUUCCUUCAUUGUACAGAAUCAUUUCAAAAGACUGAGAAUCUCUCAGAAAGACAGAUAUUUUUGUCCUUCGAGAGAAAUGAAGAAGAAAGACAUUUGGUGAAAUAUAUGCUCUCUCCAGUCUUCUCUGAUCAUUGUGGUGCGACAUUUAGUGAGAACAACAGAGACAUAAUGAGCGCGUGUAUUCCAAACACAGUCCGAAAAGCCCCCAAGAAUUAUAAAAUAGUACAUUCAUUGAUGGUCGAAUGUGAAAAAAAACUGAAAGAAUUCUAUUCAGCCCCUUCUUGAUAUUUUACCAAGUUCCAAGAAUUAUCCAACAGUCUAGCCAUGCUGCAUGGAAACAUGAACAAGAGUUUCAUCAGCAGAAUUGAGGUGGCUGAUGGUUAUGACAAAGACAGCUCCAAAGAGGUCAGAGGUAUCUUUGGAAUGAGUUUGAGGAAAAUGAGGAUAGCUACGUAGAUGGACACAUAGAUACAUGAGGGAACAUUGAUGGUUGCAACUUAAACUUGGGUUGAGUCCCAAAUCUUAAAAAAAAAAACAAAAAAAAAACACAGCACACAUUUUUUUCUUUUGGGCUUCAGGCGACUGAUUUCCCUCCCUCUCCUGUGCGCUGGCUAGCUAGCACACCGGAUGAGUGCGCACAAAGCAAUCCAUGCGUGACAUAAAUUUCAUCUGUUACCUAGCCAACGGGACCACGAGCGGGAAGCCAACACGCGAGCUAAAGCAGGAGGAAUGCCUUGCAGGCGGCAUGGCGGACGUAUGAGGCGUAGCUCGCUGUGCCGCAGUGCGCGGCCACGGCGAGAUGCUUCAUCAGGGCCUCCUCAGAUUACACGCGGUCACAUGCUCAUCAAGCACUCCGCCUGACAUCAAGCGUGUCCGACUGGCGCAAGUGCAGUAACACCAACCUCAGAAGUCACGACGCUCAAUUGAUUAAACCGAACUCAAGAACUGAGAAAUGGAAGAUAUUUUUUUUUUCCGCUUCCACUCGUAUUUUUGUACGAAAACAUUUUUGUAAAUAUGCGCCACAAAUUUCAUUAAAAAAGGCAAACGGACUGCAUUUUUCUACAUGGCGUAAUGAAACCAAAUUUGUUUUGUUUUCGGCUUGUUAUGAGCCUGGAACUGCCAGUGUUCAUGUGUAAUUGAGAAAAGACCACAACUACGGUGAAGUGAACACAUAGUUAUUUAUUGUUUAAGGCUUGUAGGUGCUGUCUCUGCUAGUUCAUAGUCCCAAAGUAGCAUUAGAUGGUAGAUUGGCCUUUUCUUUUAAGGUGACAGAAAAUAUAACAUUGUUCAUUUUUUUAUACUUGCCUUUUUAUAUAUACAUACAAAUAUAUAUAAUUUUCAUAUAUGAAUGCACCACAUUAUUUUGGUGUAAAAUGCCUCGUGUUCAAAUGCUGUACUAUUUACUAUUUAUAACUAAAGAAUAAAAAUAUCGACUAGAAA